AUGCGCCUCUCGUAUGGCGAUCAGCUGAUCGAACUCGAUCGACAGCGACGCGCGAAGGUAUAUGGUAGGGGCGCGAAGCGCUUCCACCUCAAGGUUCUUGCCGCAACCAGUGCGGUGAUGUAUGUUGUAACUCGUAUUGCAGCGUCGAUGUACCCCAAAUCAGUCACCCACGCGUGGGUUGACGAUGUGCUUGUCGAAGUCGUCGAGGAUGAUGCUAUGGAGAGUCUCUGUGUCAUCCUCCGUUGGAUAUUUCUGGGUUCGAUGUUUCUUCUAGUGCUCUUGACAUUCAAGAAAGGUAAGCGUCAGACGCUGCAACCUCGGCGUGAUGCCCAUGUGGGUGUGAAUGGCUUGCCGCGAACGAAGGGGUGGUCGGCACCGUUUUCUUCUAUUGCUGUUCCCGCAGCGACAGUGUUAGGGGGUCUUCCAAGAAUACCGGCACCAAUCACUUCUGCCGUCGUCGAGGCACAAGAACAGCGGCAGGAGCAGCGACAACAACAUCCCAUCCGUUCAGAAGCGGAACUGGAUGAAUUCCUCAUGUCUAAAAAGUUAGAGGGUGAUAAAGAGGCCGAGUUAACUGUGACAGCUUCAGCACCUACGGGAAGUGCAUUUACUGCUGCUGGAUUCAGUGCUCCGUUGGUUGGCGGUGGGAUUCCGACGGGCCCAUCGGAUGGGAUUCGCGUGCAGUAUAGUAGUGGUGUAGAUCAGCGACCCGCUUCCCAACCCGUUGACACAGAGUGGGCUGGUCUUGGGAUUCUCAACGCUGAGCGCUCACUGCUUAAAGUACGCAAGUGGCUCUCCGAUGUCUGUCAAGACCUUGCGGAUGAAAUUGCUGCAUGCGAUCGCUGGUUUGCGGAACAUCGCAUCAGCUCCUUUGACAGCAGGCACAGUCUGCAGGAGACAAUACCUGUGCCGCAGACGCCACCUGCUCCUGGCGUGAGUUUUGCUCUACCCGCCACGAACCCUAACCUGACGGCGGCAACAACGACACUGCGCAAGUUGGAUGCCCUUGUAAAUGAAAGAAAAAAACUUACUGGACAGGCACAGAAUGUGCAGAACUUCGACACCAUCUCCCAUCUCAACCAGCGAUUGGCACUCGAGGCGAAACUGGACCUCGGCAGCACAUUCCCGCUCACGUCAUCACUCUCCGUAGCGGAGUUGCAGGCACGACGACAGUACAUCAUUAAACGAAUUCGCACUUUUGCGUCACAAAAGACGUUGACAUCAUACAAACACAGCCGUGGUGAUGUGGAUACCUGGCGUGACGAAUUCCCAACUGAUGCACAUCUACUGAUUCACAUUGUACGCGUUUGUGUUGAUGGGUUUGCCAACUAUGUGAAAUUUCCACACCAGCCGAUGAACCAGCAGCAGGACCUGGCACUUUUUGUCGGGGACACAGGUGAACCUUACUUCUAUGUGCGUUACCGUAGCGGACCUGUUGAUAAGACGUAUGCAACACACAAGGGUAUCGUUUCUCUAUUUGAAGCACUGCUGAUAUUUGCAGCCAUUGUGCGCACUUACCACAACGCAUCAUACGGAGGUAUAUGGGGCGUUAUGGACUUAUCGCGGACGGGUUUGCUCGGCGUGCUGUAG